AUAUUUCCUGUGGUAAAAUUAUGAUCAAAUGAGCUCUGAAGCAGCUGUUAGCAGUUUUAUCAGGUGAAAUGAAUCAUGUGAGGACUAAUGAAUCAUUUAUAGGUUAAAUGAGUCAUUUUAAGGUUUAAUGUCUUGUUUAUUUGUUUACUUGUUAAGUGAAUAAUUUCUUGUGGUUUAGUAUAACUUGAUUAGGAUAAUGAUGUUCGGUUUUAGUUUUAAUGAAUCAUUUUCUGGCGCCUUGAAUCAAUUGCGUUGUUCUUGUUUUGUUCAUGGGUUGUUUUGUUUGUUUCAUUAGUCGUGUGUAAGGCUCGCUGACAAGUUAAGAUUUAAUGAAUCGCUUGAAAAUCAAUUUGAAUGUUUAUCAAGUCAUGGCCAUUUUUAAAGAUUUAGUGAAUCGUUUUUGUUUAAUGAAUUGUUUUUCUUUAAGCUUUAAUCUAACCUUUGUGUUUACUUUUUUUUUUUGUUUAACAGCAAUUGCAAGGAUUAUUUAAGCAUUCAUUAGGAUCUUAUGAUCCUGCUUAAAAAAAAAAAAUCAUAGAAACCCUCAUAGAAUUUGUAAUUGUUUUAGUGGUUGUAAUGGGAAUUGUAUUGGUUUUAAUGCAAACUGUAGUGGUUCCUGUGGGUCUGUACUGGUAAUUUGUUGCCAUCUGUUGCUGGCAUGUUAUGUUUAGUGGAUACCGUUUAAGGACACGUAAUGGUCAUGGUUUUAAUGGGUAGCUGAUGGUUUGUAAUGGAAACCAUUAGAAUUUUUUUUUUUCCAGCAGGGUAGGUUUCAUAAAGCUUUUCUGAAUAUUAAAUAGGGAUUUUCACGUGGUCUUCUGGGGUUAAUCAUGUUAAGGUUUCUGAAGUUUAAUAUGGUUCUAAGAUUUAUUUAUACACUUGAGAUCCUAAAUGUACAUACGCUCUGCAGAAUCUGCAAAAUGCUAAAAAAAAAAAAAAGUACAUUAUAAAAAAGAGGGAAUAUAAAAAGAAAUGCAUUUUAAAUAACAAUAUUUUGUAUUUAUUUAGUCCACAAGACACGAUGAUUACUGAAUUUAUACAAACGAACCAGUUCAAAAGUUUACACACGCUUGAUUCCUAACACUGUGUGUUACCUGGAUGAUGAACGACUGUUUGUUUUGUGAUAGCUGUUUAAAUAUGAACAUUUUGCAGAUUCUGCAGGGUAUAUGUAAACUUAUAACUUCAACCGUACCUGUCACUCAGAAACAUCAGGACAUGCUAGGCUUAGAAAUGAACUGUGACGUAGUGAAAGUUUCACUAAAGUUAUGCUCCGCUUUAAUGUGGCUUUUCCUCUGAUCCUGUGCAGUAUUUGGAGGAUCACCUGUGAGUGGAUCAAGGAUUCCGACACACCUGGAUUUCCUCUGAACAGAGUCAUUACUGCAGCUGGGUUGUUGUUGUAGAUAAAAUGGAGAGCUGGUGGUGGUUGGUGUGUUUUUGGCUUGCUGCUCUCACAGAGUUAACGCAACAAAACACAAUGAGCUGCGAUGGCGUGCGCAAACUUCUGCAGCUGCAGCAGAUCGAUGCAACAACUGGUGUACUGGACACACCUGGGACAGCAUCGGAUCUUCAGGUGUGUCUUAGCCGUGAUGUGACCUGCUGCACGAGGAAGGUGGAGGAGCAGUACCAGACAGCAGUGCGCCAGGACAUCCAGAACCUUUUGCAGACCUUCAGCUACAACCUGAAGCUCCUCAUCACACAAAAUAUUGCCACUUUACAAGACACGAUGGACUUGAUGGUACGUGAAGUGCAGAACCACACCUUUUCCCUCUUGAAAGUUUUGUACGGUGACCUUGCAUCGCGUGCUUCCUCUCCGCUGGCUGAACUUUUUACUGAUGUCGGUCUCUUUGUGCUGGGGGCAGAGCUUAACCUGGUAGAAGCAUCACAGCGUUUUUUCCACACAAUUUUCCCAUUGGUGUAUGACCAACUUGAGGAGCGAGGCAUGGCACCUUUAGAUCCCGUCUACCAAGAUUGUGUGCAGUCAGUCGGCCGUCGCGCAGCAGCAUAUGGUAAUGCCCCAUUACGCCUUGCAUUGCUGGUGUCGCAUGCCUCACUGGCAGAGCGGGUCUUUCUGCAGGCAAUGCACCUUGCCGUCGAGGUCAUCAACACCACAGACCAUGCUCAGCCAAGCCGCGAAUGCCGUCGUGCGCUAAUGCGCAUGCGCUACUGCCCACUGUGCCAGGCCCUCACAGACAGCAAGCCAUGUAUGGGCUACUGCCUGAACGUGCUGCGCGGCUGCCUGGCCAGUCUCGCCGAAGUCGACACCCACUGGCAGGAAUUUGUGCGCUCGCUGGAGGCGCUCGCGGCACGCAUGAACGGUGGGAACGAGCUCGAGCAUGUACUUGCGUCGGUCCCCUCUCUCAUCACCGACGCUGUGGCUUACACAAGAAGGAAUGCUGCCCGCCUCACCUCACAGGUUCAUAGAGUGUGUGGAAAACCUGAACGCUCCGGUCAUGUCCAGCAGGGAGGUGCUAUUGACACACUACACCUCCAAACCCCAGAGAGAAACAAGGAGGACACACUGAGUCACUGGAGACGGGAAUUCCUCAGUUCUUUGCGCCACUAUCGGGCAUUUUACGGAGGUUUGGCUGAUCAGAUGUGUGUCCGAGAGCUAGCAUCAACUGACGGACCUACCUGCUGGAACGGGAAUGACGUGGUUAAGAGUUACACAAAGCGAGUCGUGGGCAGUGGGAUACGAGCCCAGACACACAACCCAGAAGUUCGGGUGAAGGAGGCUGAUCCGGUCAUCAACAAGCUGAUCGACAAGCUGAAGCAUGUCAACCAGCUCCUGCAGGGACGUUUUAUCCCUAAAGUGGGCACUCUGGGCCAGAUCGAGAUGGGCAGCGGAGACACGGACAUGACGUUUAGUGGACAAUGUGAUGAUGAGGACGGAUGCUGGGGGUCUGGCGACAAAGCUGGAGAAACCAGGAUCAUUAUACCACCGGAGUUGGGUGAACAGAAGCCUGGUGAAAACCCACACCGUGACUCACACACACAAGCUGCUGGACACACACUUCAGGCUUCGGGCUGCAGGAGCGCACACGGUGCCGCAUCGCUUCUCAGUGCAGUGUGCACACUUCUAACGUUAUGGAGGUAACACCAGCACCUGAACACACUCCGGCCCCUGAACCUGGACGCAGUAAAGACUCUCUUCUUCCAAGACGCCUUUUCUUCUCUCAUUGUUAUGUUUUUUUUUUUUUGUUUUUUUUGGCACAUUUUCACUGCCAACUCUGACACUUGCUCCGUAACGUUACUCCUUUGUGUUAGAGACCCUCUGGAGUCAACGAGGGUGAAAAAACAAGAACCCGGGGAUGUUCCUGAUGUUCCCUUACACACGAGGGCAGAUUUAAACAGUGUAGGGUGAUGAUUAUGGGGGCGGGGCUAUGCUCCAGAGGGAGGAUGAUUGACAGCUGGAGGGCACGCGACUGACCCGCAGCUUCUGACAAGGUUUUAAUGGAGUAAAAGGAAAACGGAGGAGAAAAUACAGGGAGGAAUAUGCAGAAUGUUCAGGAACACAGAUUUAAACUCAUUGAAUCUUAUUACCGCUGAUUUUUAAAUAUCUGAAUAUUCAUUACUGUUAAACAUUAAUAUUCAUAAGGAAGAGAGCACAGCCUAGUCAGUGUGGAGGAUUUAAAUGUAUGCACACAUGAUGCAUGGCUAGAUAGACGUUCAGACAGAUAUACAGUGCUGUGAAAAAGUAUUUGUCUCCAUCCUGAUUUCUUCUUUUUUUGGUGUGUGUGUAUAUCUCGUACUAAAUAGUUCUAGGUCUUCAAAAUAAUACAACAUAAAACAAAGGCAACCCGAGUGUAAACACAAUAGUUUUUAUUUAUUUAUGUUUUUAUUGAAGCAAAAAAAAAUAGUUAUCCAACACCUAUCACUCGUGAAAAACUACAUAUCCCUUAAACCUAAAACCAAAUGUUUCCGAUAUCUGGCGAUCAGUCUGUUUUGAAGAGGAAGAUGCUUAGCUACAUUUGUGAGAAAAUCGCUUUGUUUGUUUGAGAGUCGAGUUUUCCUUCGCAAUGCAGAUUUUUUUUUUUCUUUUUUUUUUUUUUUUUUCUUCAUUCAUUUGUUUCGUUUUCUCCCAAAUUUAACUCCAUACAAAUAGACAGACAGGCAGAUGAAUACAGAGCUACCUGUAUGCAUAUAGACAGACAUAUAGAUGGACAGACAUGUACAGUAAACCGACAUGUACAAUAAACAGACCGGGACGUAUAGAUAGACGGAUAUAAAAAGUCUACACACCCCUGUUGAAAUUGCAGGUUUUUUGGGAUUUAAACAAUUAAUACCAAAAGAAAUAAUGUCAGAUAUUUUUCCACCUUAAAUGUGAUUAGCAACCAAUAAAAUAUUUUUACUAUAACCUGGUUGCAUAAGUUUGCACUUAAGUAAUAUUACUUAAGUAAUACUUUGUUGAAGCACCUUUUCCUUGUAAUAGAUCACUCAGUCUUGUCUGGGCAAGAGUCUACCAACUUAGCACGGCAAUUUUAUUCCAUUCUUCCUUGCUAAAAUGCUCCAGAUCUGUCCAAUUUUUAGGGGAUCUCCUGUGCACAGUCCUCUUCAAGUCACUCCACAGGUUGGCAAUGACUACGUUUACAUGGACAGCAGUAAUCUGAUUAUUGACCUUAUUCUGAAUAAGACAAUAUUCUGAUUAAGGUGUUUACAUGAGUCACUUUUAGAAUAUUCCUUUCAUGUACCCAUUUUACGUGUUAUAGAACAUAGAGCGAUUAACGCCACACGUCAUUACGUCGCCACGCCGUCCGACGUUCCUCCAGAAUUUCACGUAUUGACACACAGUUGGUGUUCGUUAUGGAACCGUAUACACUUUUGGGUGUUUUCAUUUUAAAUUUUUUACGAAAGCUUCAAGUGCAGUUAAUUAUUUGUCAAGCUGUACGUGCAAAUAGACGACUGCUUGAAGCCGUGGGCUGCGUCCCAAACCGCGUACGUACCAUCUAUAUAGCAGCUGAGAUGCAUGUAUUUCUCCUACUAUAUAGCAGGUAAGUACGCGGUUUGGGACACAGCUGUGCUCUCUUGUUUGCCGUCAAACGGUUGAGCGCUGCCGUGUGUGUACGUGUCCUGUCGCAAAAUGCGGUGAAAACUCUCACACGACGUUAAUAGUGUGAUUAAGGUGUGUACAUGUCUAUAAUACACAUCAAUAAUGCGACUAAAACAGGAUUACUCCACACGUCUUAAUUCCAUUUGUGUUUACUUUGAGUAUGACUUUAAUCAGAUUAAGGUCAUCAGUAAUCACUGUUUACAUGCUAGUUUCUAAAUCUGAGUAUCGUCUUAAUCGGGUAAAUAUCGGAUUAUUGUUGUCCGUGUAAAUGUACUGAGUAGGAUUUAGAUCUGACCACUGACUGGGCCAAUUCAAAACGUUCAUCUUCUUUUGAAGCCAUUCCUUUGUUGACUUGGAUUUGUGCUUUGGGAUGUUUGUGCCUGAAUAGAUUAGUAUUUGGAGCUUUGAAUGAUUAUUCCCUCUAUCUUGAGUAGAGCCGCCGUUCCAGCUGUAAAGAAGCAGCUCCAUACCAUGCUUCAACACGACUAUGGUGAUAAGCAUAUCUUUUAGAAUUAUGCCCAAAAUGUUCUACCUUGGUCUUUUCGAUGAUUUAGGUGCGCUUGGAUGCUUUUUUUCAUGAGAGCCGCCCUACCCCAUAGCCCAGACGUGAUGAAUACAAGAGAUUGUUGUCACAUGCAGGGAAUGAUCAGUACUUGUUCUGCAGCUCUUUUAAUGUUGCUGUGCAUCUCUCGUCUCUCUUGUCCUUUCAUCAAAUUAGGAGAGACGUCCUGUACUUGGUAACGCCGCAUUUAGGGUCAUAACUUGGUUAGGGUACGUCUAAUACGUCUUGGUAGUUUUGGAAAUUCUUUUUGUACCCUCUUCUUGAUCAAUAACUUAUGACCGUGAGAUCCUGUACAUGCUUUGUAAGCUCUUUGUGGGUCAUGGCUUCAGCAAUCGGAUGAAACCGAGAUGUCAAGACCUACAAGUCCUACAGAAACAGCUUUAUUUUAGGUUUGAUCGGAAUCACUUCAUUGGUGACAGGUGUGUGUAUGAUUACUUUUGAACAUAAGUUGGGAUGGGAUUUAUUUGAGCUCAGUCACAUGGCGUAUUAUAAAUGUGUGCGCGCACACUUAUGCAACCAGGUUUCCCGUCUCCCGAAAACGUUCAUAUUUGUUUUUCCACUUGAAUUUUGUUGGUUGCUAUGUAUAUAUACAGUACAUAUACAGUAUAUAAGGAAGAAGGAUCUCUGCUUCCUCACUUCAUGUGUGUAGGCUUUUGAUAAAGGUUUAUAAUGGUGUUAAUAUUGUGUUAUAAUGCUAUUUUCUAAGUUCGAUCUGUAUUUAAGGUAGAUUUAAAGUGUUGGUACAUGUCAGUACAAACUAACUGCUUUAAUAUAUAAUACAUGCACUUAUAUAUGCAGAUAUCGACUAUUUUAUUCCAUAAUGACCAUAUGGCGCACACUUUAUUUUAUUUUUUAUAAAGUGGAACAGUGCAAUAUUUUCAAUUUCAUGCGCUUCUUUUAAUUUUUUUUUUUUUUUUAGUCUUGGUACUAUGUACCAAAAAAAAAAGUAUAAUAUUACACUUAUUUUAUUUGAUAUUAAUUUUUUUUUAAUACCCUGUAUGCUUAAUAUUUUUACAGAGCACAUUAACAAACUAAAUCCAAUCUCUGUCGCGUAUUUAUUUCGGAUUUAUAACAAGAGACAUUAAACUGAUGUGUUGACCUCA